CCAUUUUUUCACUUCAUUUCCUCUGAGUACCAUUCAUUCUGUUUAAAGACUUUCACUUCUGAACUAAAGCUUUCUUUCUUAAGAUAUCCCUUUCCAUUCUAUUUACUGAAUAUCAUUGUUUUUUUGCUAGAAUUCCACCUUUUAUAUAUAGUAACACUAAAUUAGUGUAGAGCUUUCUUGCUCCACAGUCAAUGAUUUUUAUGUUAGACUUACCGUAGUUUCUGAAAGAGAGUGUUGGUGUAACUGGUAAAGUUGUUGUCAUGUGACUAGGAGGGAAAUAUUACGUAAAAUAGACCCUUGUGGUCCUGACAUUCCCCGACCCCGAUCUCGCACAUAGCGGGAGCUUAUGCAUCAACAUGGAUGAAAUGAGGCAGAAACUUAUGUACACUAAUCUUGAACUUGAAAAUUUGAAAGUGGAAAAAAGUGAAGAUAUGAGGAAGAACAAAGAAUAUGUGAAGGAAUUAAUCCAACUUUUGAAGAUGGUUUGUCAAGAAAGAGAUGAAGCAAGAAAACAACUCCAGAAACUACUCAACAAACUAUCUCAUGUUCAAGUUGACAGUCCUAUUUUCAAGGCUAGAAAAGCAAAUUCAAGCAUAACUGAAUCAAACAGCCUUUCUGAAACAUACAAUUACCAAUCACACAAUUCAUCCCCGGUCGAGUCAUUUUUUGAUGCAUUUACAUCCCCUGAAUUUUCCAACAACAACAUGGCUGAUUCAAAUACAGUUGCCUAUGAUUGUAACGUUCCAUUCUCGGACAAUUGUGUUCCUCAAUUGGUCCCAAAAGUUGAUCAGGCUACAUUGGUUAUUGACAAUCUUGUAAAGGGGAAAACUUUGCCACAGAAAGGGAAACUAUUGAAGUCUGUUAUUGAAGCAGGACCACUUUUGCAAACACUUUUAGUUUCAGGGCAACUUCCUCAGUGGCGAAAUCCGCCUCAGGUUAAGACGUUUAAUAUUCCACCAAUUUCAAUUAAAGGGUUUGAAGCUGAGAUUACGAAUCAGAAUCUUGUUUCAAGAUCUUUGCAAUUAAACUCAGCCUUAUUUUGAGAUGUCAUGUGGUUCUUCACAAAUGGUGUCUACGUCUAUGUUAAACUUUGCUAACUCGUUUCCUGUUUGGAAAAUCAGAGUUUGAUAUCUGCUGGUCAAAUAUGAACAGUUUUGUCCUAGGAAAGAGACAAAGGUUGCAGUGAAAUAAAGUUAUAGGAUGAAAAGCCUAUGCUUCCAAUUUUUGUAUAAAGCAGAUUGCCAGGUUUAAAUGGCUAUAUUGAGUUUUAACAUUUUCCACAAGAUAAUUGUUAAGAUGGAUGGAUAUGUUGUCAUAAAAUGAGAUGGUUUAAUCAUCUCGUAGAUAGCUUUUGAGAUUUAUCGA